CCGGAGCUCGGCCCUUGCAUUCCCGGUGCCGCGGGCACCGGGUGCCUGGGUGACCCUCACUCCAUCACGCUGCGGCCCCGCGAGCGCGCGGGCGGGUGACAUAACGGCUGCGGGGGCGCAUCUUGCGAAACCCGCGUUAAGUUCCGCCGUGGGUGCGGAAGGGUCAGGCCAGCCCGGCGAAGGCUCCGUGGGCAUUUGCCCGCGAAGGUAGUCCAGCAGCAUCCUGACGUUCCGGGGCACAGGAGCCCUCAAGGCAGUCAGGGACGUAUCUCCCUUACUUCAUCCCUGAAACUGCCUCUCUAAACUGUUUAAAUGAGAAUGUCCUUGGCUCAGAGAGUACUCCUCACCUGGCUUUUCACAUUACUCUUCCUGAUCAUGUUGGUGUUGAAACUGGAUGAGAAGGCCCCUUGGAACUGGUUCCUCAUAUUUAUUCCCGUCUGGAUAUUUGACACUAUCCUUCUCGUCAUGCUGAUUGUGAAAAUGGCUGGACGGUGUAAGUCUGGCUUUGACCCCCGGCAUGGAUCGCAUAAUAUUAAAAAGAAAGCCUGGUACCUCACUGCGAUGUUACUCAAGUUAGCCUUCUGCCUCGCACUGUGUGCUAAACUGGAACAGUUUACUACCAUGAAUCUUUCCUACGUCUUCAUUCCUUUAUGGGCCUUACUGGCCGGCGCUUUGACAGAACUUGGAUAUAAUGUCUUUUUUGUGAGAGACUGACUUCCGAGUACAUUGUCUCAUUUCUGUUGCUGCUCAACAAGCUAUUCAGCGUUCUGAUUCUUUGGAAGUUUCAAGAAUUACAGAGAACUGAGGGAAAAUACCAGUGUAGUCUCAAAAUACUAUAAAACAGGAUUGGUGAGGCGUGAACUUGUAACCAACCCAAAGCUCAAUUAUUCAGUAUUUGAGUUAUUGGUAUCUUUAUUUUCCCUGUGUAAAUAAAGCUUGUUUCUGACCUUA